UAACCCUAUAACACAGGCCGUACGAUCCCGACAGCUUCGCCACCACCACAACCAUCGUAAUCUGCCAUGUUACAACGGCGGCGACGAAUAUGAAAUGCUUGAGCUAAUGAAAAAUGCCGGCCUGUAUUUAUUUGUUGUAUCUAUAUCGUGUCUCAUCAUCUAAUUUAUCAUUAUAUGGCAUUCCCAAGGUUGUUAGUGGUUGCCAAUGUUCGAAAGGCAGCAGAUGUCCUUCUUCCAGGUCAUAAGAGAUGUAUAUCUGAUGUAUGCAAUUAUGGGUCUCAUUUGGGACUUGGCUAUUCUUACACCAACUAUAGAUUGUAUUCACAUUUUAAGGUUCGUUGUGGUAGCCUCGGUCGUUGCACAUUUAAUGAAGCAAAAGGGAACUUAUGGAGUUAUAGACAAAUUCAAAGAUAUUAUUUCAUAUCAGCAGGUGCAAAAUUCACACACCAUGCUCAAACUGCAUGGAGAAGGGUUUCCCGAACCUGUAACUAUAAUUGGCCAUCCCAACCAAUUAGCAGGCUUGCAUGUGCAGUGAGCUUCGCUUUGAGUAGAUCCCAGUUGAUUGCUCCUGGUAUAUUAGCUUUUUUAUUAGGCGAGCUGGUGUGGACACAAAGGGCUGAAGCCGAAGCAUUCUCUUAUACGAACGAUCUUUACGCACAUGCACAAGAUGGGCAUGUUUACUUGACUUCAUUUGUGUUCUCCCUUGUAGAAGUUUUGAUAUUGUGUCUUAGAGCAGUUUAUUUAGCGUUUCUUUUUACACCUUGUAUAGCUAUGGCUCCUUUUGCGGAUUCAUUUGGCAUUGAGUUUCGUAAGACAUGGCUACAAUGUGUCCAUUAUACCUUAGAAAAGGCCGGACCUGCAUUCAUUAAAUGGGGACAGUGGGCAGCUUCGAGGCCAGAUCUUUUCCCAAAUGAUCUCUGCACAGAGCUUGCAGAACUUCAGACAAAUGCACCAGCUCAUAGCUAUUCAUACACAAAGAAAACUAUCGAAAGCGCAUUUGGUCGUUUAUUGCCCGAGAUAUUCGAAAAUUUUGAGGAGGAACCUGUCGCAUCCGGUAGUAUAGCCCAGGUUUAUCGAGCUACUUUAAAGUAUCGCCAUCCUGGCCAACGAAUUAAGCCUAUUCUUGUUGCUGUAAAGGUUAGACAUCCGGGAGUUAGUGAAGCAAUCAGAAGGGAUUUUAUAUUACUGAAUUUAUUUGCUAAAGUGUCUAAGUUUAUCCCCACCCUGAAAUGGUUGAGACUUGACGAAAGUAUACAACAAUUUGCUGUCUUCAUGAUGUCUCAAGUUGAUCUUGCAAGAGAGGCAGCUCAUUUGAGUCGUUUUAUUUAUAAUUUCCGAAGAUGGAAGGAUGUGUCGUUCCCGAGGCCUUUAUAUCCGCUUGUGCAUCCUGCUAUUUUAGUGGAAACUUUUGAACAUGGUGAAAAUAUUUUACACUAUGUGGAUGAGUUAGAAGGUCACGUGGGCAUCAAAUCCGGCCUUGCUCAUAUCGGGACCCAUGCACUUCUAAAGAUGCUUUUGGUUGACAAUUUUAUUCAUGCAGACAUGCAUCCUGGAAACAUUCUUGUAAGGAUGACUCAGGGCGCAGCUUCAGAAACCGGAUUGUUUAAAUCUAAGCCUCACGUAGUUUUUCUUGAUGUGGGCAUGACUGCUGAACUUUGCAAAAAGGAUAGAGUCAAUCUGAUUGAGUUCUUUAAGGCCGUUGCUCUUAGAGAUGGGCGUGCUGCUGCAGAGCACACCCUUAAAUUCUCUAAACGUCAAAGCUGCCCUAACCCGGUUGCAUUUAUAAAGGAUGUGGAGGAAUCAUUUGUGUCAUGGAGUUCUGCAGGUGACACUUCAAAUCCUGCAGAUUGUAUGCAACAGCUGCUUGAGCAAGUUAGGCGUCAUAGAGUUAAUAUUGAUGGCAAUGUGUGCACUGUUAUUGUAACCACGUUGGUUUUGGAGAGUUGGCAGCGGAAGCUGGACCCUGAGUAUGAUGUGAUGCAUACAUUGCAAAAUCUUUUGUUUAAAACAGAUUUGGUGGAGGAUCUCGUCUAUACAAUCGAAGGAGUCAUGGCUCCAUGAAAAAGGUGACCCCUUUAACCAAAAAGUGUUCAUGUCAUUUCUUGUGUACCAUAUAUGUAUUUUUCAACAAUAAGGAUAAAAACAACAAAGUACUUAAAGUCUCACUGUAUCAUUAGAAACAAUAAACAUAACACCCCGAGACCAAAAGGGCUGAUUUUUUCAUAUUGAUGACUUUCUGUAUACCUUGUAAUGCAUUUUUUUCUUCUCCGAUUUAAUAAAAAUUCAUGAUCCUGAUA